AUGUUUGCCGAUCCUGACUCGGAAAAGGUAAAGCAGUUGCGAAGAGUGUUGUAUGCCUACAGAAAUCACGAUACGAUCAUAGGAUAUUGCCAGGGUUUGAAUCGGAUAGCUGCAGUAGCGUUACUGUAUCUUGACGAGGAAGACGCGUUCUGGUUCCUUAUUGCAUUCACAGAACUUCAACCUCCCAAUUACUAUGCGAGUAACCUUAUAGGUGCCGUGGCUGAUCAGAAGGUAUUACGCGACUUGGUGACGGAGAAGUUGCCUCGUUUCGCUGCCCAUUUACGACAAUUUGAAGUGGAUCUGUCGUUGUUUGCGCUGAGUUGGUUCCUCACAUGUUUCGUUGAUGUGAUGCCACAUCAGAUUUACCUACCGAUUUUCGACGUUUUUCUCUACGAAGGAAAUAAGUCUUUGUUUCGAUUCGCGUUGGCGAUAUUGAAGAUGUGUGAAUCAGCUGUGCUGCAGAGUAAGACUGUCAGUAUGGUGCAUGCUUGUUUGAGCAGGCCCCGUCAAUUCGUCACUGAUUACAAGUUAUUGGCGCAAGUAGCGUUCAACGACAUGAAUCCGUUCCCUCAGAAGCAGAUCGAAACUAAAAGAGCGCUGUAUUUAACACAACUGCAGGCGAGACAUUCAUAA